GGUCAGGUCAAACUGCCCCUCGGGCCCUCGGGGAGAGGCCUGACGAGUUACAAGACGGUUACAACGAGUUUCUGCGAGGGCAAGAGGUCGGAGAUCGACGACGACAGCCACGCCAUCCCAGCUGGGGCUGCAAGCCUGACAUUGUCGGGUAGACGAGGAAGCGGUCGGCCCCAGGCGCUUCCCAUGCGGAUCUUCAUCGUGCCCGAGAUGAUCUGGCCGUCAGCAUGCCUCACUGGAAACAUGGGUUCCGAACUGGCCAGGAGACACAGAAUUUGCCAGAUCAAGCUCCGCAUCAGAGCUGUGGGACGAAAAGGUCUCAUCUUGAGCUCAAGUCUCCAUUGAGGGCGGUCUGCGUUGUGAUGUGCACGGGAAUCCAGUGGUGCACCGAGCCGGUUGGGCUCUUUCUUCUUCGGUUCCAUCUCUUCUUCCAAUUGGCUCUUCUCAGCUUGUUGUCUCUUCACUUCAGCAACUUCCCCUCACGGCCUCCUCUAGGCCAGUGUAGCGUUGUGCAUGUUGAAAGUAGUGAGACACACCGCCGACGUGGUUUGGAUAGCACUGGCGCGGGCAACAAAUUGAAGGGGUCGAGUCUCAAACAGAGACGCAUCCGUUCAAGGUUGAUCAGCAAGGCUUAUCUGAGUAUACCAGGGCUUGACAUGGCGCCAGACCGUGGCGCCCGCUGAUAUGUCCGCGCUGUCAUUUGCUUGGCGGGUCGGUUAAGAAGCUUUAGUCUUUGAUGAUCGUGGUCGAGACAGAGAACGCCAAGGAUUCUGCCUAGAAGCGGACAAGGUCGAGUAGGAUCUAUGUCGGAACAGAACGACAUCGAACAACGGCAACUCGCAACUAGCUUCUCAGGUUUUGUCUUGGGAGACGAACAGUCGCUUUGCGUCAUGGGCGAUCGCCCACUACCCAUCUUGUCCUCAAGAAACACGGCGCAUAACCACAUGUUGAAUCAUUGGCUUGCCACAGUUGUUCUUGAGCACAAACUUCCUCUUGGUUGUAUCAUCUAACUGAUAAUGAUCCGAUUCUGAGACAGCUUGCAUGCACUGCACCUGCCAUUGGGGAGGAAAAGCCAUUAAUGCCCAGUCCGAGGCAGGCCUCUUCGAUAUAUAUGGCCAUUCCCACGCCACGCAUAUAUGUGUCCAGUCACAUGUCUUGGCCUUGUAGCUGGACGACUGACUAGCUGGACGCCUAGCUGGACGCCUAGCUGGACGCCAAACCGCUUACAGCCGCUGCUUAUGUAUAGUUCAGCACACGGAGCCGCCAGGACGGGCAUCAAUGACUUCCGAAACUACGCCGACGCAACAAUGUUCGCAUUAUACUGCUUGUCUGCGAUGUCUUAAUACCACCCGGGUGUCAUACCCAGGUCUUCCGGUUAGCCGUUUUAUUGCGGCAGAUAUGCCGUCCUCAAUUACCCCUCCAGAACAAAAACGCCGAUCACGUCGCCGAAUAAGAGCCCCUGGGACGGGCCAAGACGUAGCUAGACACACCAUCACAGCCCUCCUUAGACGCACCACCACAGCCCGUUAGACGCACGCAGUCCAGAGGCUACAGUACUGGCCCAGCAGCCCAGUAGCCCAGGGAACUUUGGUCCUCCUGGGACCCUGGCCCAUAAUCCCGACCAUUAUUGCCAUAGGGCCCAUCCCUUGCCACCGGGAGUGUCCACGAACUUUCCGCGGAGUACACUACAAGGCCGCACACGUUUAUUCAAGGUUUUCUGGGGAGUACCCUGAAGUAUCAUUGCCUUUCCCAAGCCAUCUAGCCCCUCACCGCUUAUUUUCAUAUUUCUCGACGAGAGUCUUCUUGGGGUCUGGUCCCGUACGCAUAUCGCACUUGGUCCCAACGCCUGGACGAUCUCGGCCGCCGAUGGCACAUUUUCUUAACUUCUGCCCCGUCAACCAGGGUCUCGGAGUUUCACUUGAGGGAGCUGACAGGGCAUCUGGCGGCCUAUCGCUUGUGACUGGACUGACUUCAUGUUGCCUUCAACCUGCGGCCUGCUGCAUUCUCACCGCAUGUUGAUAACUCCCAUCGUUGCUCGUGCCCGCCCGCGCGCACACACCCCGCUAGGGCGGGCAGCUAGACAGCUCCCGUGCCACCCGUGGGCGUUGGAUCGAUCACAGGAAAUCGCUGAUGGCCGUAUGCUCUUGAAGGGAGCCUGCGGGAAGGGGGCGGUGCAAUGUCCGGCACUUCCCCGGCCUGGAAUUUCCCCUCCACGGCACCGGAUCUGCCAAGCGUCUCGUUCCUGCGCGGCAGUGACAUCGCCCAAUCGCGCCUGUGACCACUCGCGACGAGGGGACUCUGCCGCCUCUGGAGACGUCACUCUGCCUGGAUUGGGCACCCACGGCGGGAAUGCCAGAGGCGGCCCAAUCACCGUGCGGUCUCAUCGCUCCUACACUUUCCUGGCCCUGGACCCUGGAAGGUAGAGAUGGAAGUGGCCGGCGGUGCAAGCAUCUCCGUGGGACGCAUGGCGAAUUGUUUCACCUCCCAGGCGCUGUACAUCUUUCAGCUGAGAUGGACUACGACGAUACAACCGCAUGCGAGCCUCAAGUCGUCGGCCCGAGGGUCCUGUGUCUUCGCCGGCCUCCCCCUGCUCCAUCCGCCAGACUUCCCCGUUUUCGGCCCCCGUCAGGUCCGCAGGAAGCUCCAGUCACGCGACACGUUUCACUGUAAACGAACGCGAAGUGGCGGGCUAGACAGGGCUGGAUCUGCACAUGGUCUCGGACAAUUUGGACCCUGGAAUAAGUAUGCGCGUGUUGCCCCUCUCUGCUGCAGUCUGGAGCAUCUGCUCCCCGGCAAGCCCGGUGUACGUAUUCAUUAACGGAAUAGUGACAUGUUAAGCGAUGGCAACGAUGUACUGCGACGCUGCUGAAGCGUCGUAUCGCACAUGGGAUUUGGCGGAGCCUAUAUCGGAUGGUUGAAGGUGUCGACAGCGAAUAGGAGCUGCAUUGGGUUCGGGGAACACGCUUUCGGCUUGCCCGGAGAGAUGAAGGCAACAGCUCAAAGGGAAAACCCAAAACAAUCCCAGCUUAUUCGGCAUCGUUGGCGUCACAUCGACGAAAGGGACCCAGAGGCCACACAGGCGGAACGAACCACGUGGUAAGGCGAGCCGAUGCCAAUAUUGAUCGCUCAAAGCAUAUCACUUCCCGCAAAGACAGCAGGUAGGAUCGUGUCCCAGAAGCCCCAACCCAAUUUGACACCCUCCUAUAGAAACUGCGAGUGUCGACGGGUAUUAGGCGAGCGACCGGCAGCGGCCCCGGGAAAACAACAAGCUUCCCGAGGUCAGUGCCUGGACGCCCAGGCUCGUGAACCCUCGUUGGAGUGAGACGGGGCUCAUCUCCUCGAAACCAAACCACCCGAACUUUAUUCCCGAAGUCGGGAUCCUAUACUUGCUUUUUGGACUAUUACUGUCUUUGAUGCAAGACGAGCGCGUAUGGAACAAGUGUGGUGAUGAAAGGGCCAAGCCAGCCCGGGGUGCUCCCGCAUGGAGAGACGCUCUAGCCAUGUCUGGUGUCACGUCGCACAACAGGGGCACACAGAGCUCGCUUAUAACCCAGGGCCCUGGGUUAUAAAGAAAGGAGGGCGGGGCAGCAGAGGAAACAGACGCAGCGGGUAGAUGCAGCAUUGCUCAGUCAAGCCAUCAUAGACGACGGCUCCCGCCUCGAAGAGGCAACGCUGUGUGACCGGGAAGCAUGUGACUGACGGGAAUGCUGAAUGGGGCAACACGAAAAAAGACAAAAGGGGAGGGCGAUGGAACCCCCGAGAUCGCUUGAGCCUCAAUUUUGACUUCGGUUACAC